AUGUUGAAGUGCGAAGAGCGCGAUUUGUUUUUAGAAGCUUUGGUGCGGCGCAAGGUUCUUUUGAGUACACUUCAAACGAGUAUUCGGCAGAGUGGUGCAUCCAAAAAAGGUAGUGGAAUGGUGUGUUCUAAUUCUGCGAUGACGUUAUGGGAGAAGGAAACGGAAUGUGCGUGCUGGUGUGAAAUCGUUGCCGCCGAUACUUCAAUGAGUCCCGAGGAAAAGUACAACACCCUUGUGGCGAAAGUGAGGUGUACUGAGUGUUUUGACGGGGAGUAUAUCACUGAUUUGGAGGCUUGGAGUCCGUUCUUUGCGCUGGCUGCCUCGUUGGCCAUGCUUCGUUAUGGGCGGUUUUCCUCGGAACACCAGACAGCAUUAGUUGAACUGGCCAUAGCUUAUACUGCAAAGGGAGCUUAUGCUAGAGCGCAAAAGCUCCUGAAAACUGUGCUACGUGGGGAAAAGUUGGAUGAUAAAAUGGCGUCAUUACACAGGGAAUUGAAUCUCUUUUUACUUUUGGUAGAAGGUAAACAUGUCGCCCACAUCGAGACAAUAACUUCAACACGUCUUUCUCCUCUUUGUUUUUGUGAUCCACAAACAAGAGACGCCGUGCAGGACAUGAAAUGUCGUCUUAAAGAGUGUGAACAAUGUGCCCUUCCCAUUCCAGUUAUGCUUUACUGUUACAUCAGUGUAAUCGGUGCAGCCCUUGAUCUCUGGUUGAGGCUGAAAGAAGAAGCUCAACAACUGUUGCUUAAGAAGGAUAUUCUUCUAAAAACAUCACAGGUAACUUUGCAAAAAGAAUUACAGACACUGAGGGAAGAGGCUCACCGGAGAGUUGAGCAAAGGUGUGUGAUUAAUCUCAAAAAAGAAACAACGAGGCAGUUUAUCGACUCCAUAAUAAAUCAGUGUGAAAAAUUUCUUCGUGUUAACAAGUGUGUUGACUUUGCGGCGGUGUGGAUCUUCGCCUUUGUAAAGCUGAGAUGGGAAAAGGAGCAUGGUGGAUCGUCAUCAUUGCGUUUUGCUGAACAAUUCGUUGCGUGUUAUCGUGACUCGUUAUUUGAUUCUUCGCUUUCCACAAUUUUUCUCAAUGAGAGUAAGCUAGCGUUAAAAGGAGAUAAACCACUUGGGUCCUACACGUGCGAUUUGACAGGCGUGAAGCUUCCCUUGAUGCAGGAUGGUUUUGUCUCAGAUCGUCUAUUUCUUGCACUCAGCGUUGCCGAGGAUAUUUCCUUGUCGCCCAGGCCUUAG